AAGGCAUAACCAGACGCAAAAGCAUACCCAUGAAACUGUAGCCUAGGCUUCAAGGCUUGCAACGCAGCACAGGCUUUGAUUGCACUCGGGAGAAGGAACCCAUCAAGGGCAAGACCCUUAUGACCCAUGAGGGAGAAGAGGCAGAGAACGACAUCGUAUUCGUGGGACCUGACAAAGGCAUUGAGGAUAGUGGUGAAGGAAGGAAGGGUUGGAUUGGAGAAGAAAUGGAGUACGAGGUUUGUGACUUGUGAAAAGUAGAGAUUGUUAGCGUAGUGAGAGAGAAGCCUUGUGGCGAUGUAGGUGUCGUCGUAGAGUUCCAGUUUGAGAAUGUGUGCGUGGGAUUGACGGGCGUGGGAGAAGGUAAUGGUGCUGGAACUCAGGCAUUGCGAGAUUAUGUUGUAGAUUCCGUUGAACAUAGAGGGCUUAAAAAAAUCUCUUUGUUGGGGUUGUGUUUGACUGUUCUUGUUAGUGUUGCGAUGUGUGGAAGGGAGGAAGACAAAGUGGGAUUGGGGUUUUCGGUGCAGACAUGAUUGAAGGUUUAUUGUCACUAUUGCAUAGCUUGUUUAGCAUACUUUGCUAUAAGAUGCGAUGAGGUUAGAGAGACAGCUGCAAAGAGCAUCGCCUACCACGACGGAUCAGAGGAUCAAAGCAUCACAAGUUGCUCUUCUGUAUGAUUUCCUAAAAUGGUAAGAGAAUGAAUUAGUUUUUCCAAUAAUGAUUACUCUUGAAUUAAAUUUCUUUCAUAAUUCUUACAGAAGAGCAACUUGUGAAGCUUUGAUCCUCCGAUUCGUCGUGGUAGGCAAUGCUCUUUGCAGCUGUCUCUCUAACCUCAUCGCAUCUUAUAGCAGAGUAUGCCAAAUAAUCUAUCCAAUAGCAAUAAUAAACCUUCAUUCAUGUCCGCACCGAAAACCGCAAUCGCACUUUGUCUUCCUCCUUCCCACCCAUCGCAACAUUAACAACAACAGUCAAACACAACCCGAACAAAGAAAUUUUUUUAUGCCCUCAAUCUACAACAUAAUCUCCCAAUGCCUGAGUUCCAGCACCAUUACACUUUCCCACGCGCGUCAAUCUCACGUGCACAUUCUCAAGCUCGGCCUCUACGGCGACACCUACAUCGCCACAAAGCUUCUCUCUCACGACGCCAACAAUCUCUAUUUUUUACAAGUCACAAACCUCGUACUCCAUUUCUUCCCCAAUCCAACCCUCCCUUCCUUCACCACUAUCAUCAACGCCUUCGCCAGGUCCCACCAAUACGACGCCGCUCUCUAUCUCUUCUCCCUCAUGGGUCAUAAGGGUCUUGCCCCUGAUGGGUUCCUUCUCCUGACUACAAUCAAAGCAUGUGCUGCGUUGCAAGCCUUGAUCCCUGGGCUGCAGUUUCAUGGGUAUGAUUUUGUGUCUAGUUAUGCCUUGGAUUCAAUUUUGGCGUCUUCUCUGGUGCAUAUGUAUCUGAAGUGUGAUAGUAUUGGGGAUGCCCAUCGAUUGCUUGAUGAAAUGUCUGAGAGGCAUGUUGUCGUUUGGAGCGCAAUUAUCGUGGGUUACUCGCAACGUGGGAUGGUUGAGAGGGCCAAGGAGAUGUUUAGUGAGAUGAGGAUUGAGGGGGUGGAGCCCAAUUUGGUAUCGUGGAAUGGGAUGCUUGCUGGGUUCAGCAAUGCAGGGUGGCAUGUUGAGGCUGUGGAGUUGUUCAAGACAUCUAAGUGGGAAAUGUUUUGAAGUGACAAGGAAAAUCCGCAUCCUAGAAAAUGGCGUAAAUGAGAAAAUUGCAUGUGGGGAAUUAUCAGCUGAAAUGUUUGGGGAUAUCUUUUAUUGGCACAUUCCAAUACUAGCAAUGACAGCUGAUGUAACUCAGGCUUCAAAUGAAGAGUGCAAAAAGUGUGGGAUGGCACAGUAUCUAGCUAACCUCAUCUCAGUUGAAGGUUCUUUUUCUGCAUAUAGCAAGAAACUAGCUAGGACCAUAAGGUGGACAGUAGUAGAAUUGGAAAUUCAAUACAUCAGUUUCUGAAACUGUCUACCUACCAUAAGAUAGAUUAAGGGCAGUAUGAUUCUUCAUUUUCAGCAUUGUUUAUGCAUUUUUCCCAGCUCAAUACAUUUUUCCCAGUUCAAUAUAUUCACCUGUGGAAGUAACAUGCUCUUUUUUAA